AUGGGAGCAAUGAUCAUACCACCAAGAGCAAAAGUCAAAGAAAACGGUAGUAUCACUAAGAACAAAAUUUUACCAAUAGAAGAUAGUAUUGUAUAUCAGCAAUUCUUUCAUCAUUUCACUAAGCAUAACAUCGAAUUUAUCAAAAAGAAAAAUUCUGCGCUUUAAACCUAAAAAAUUGGAAAACAUUUGGUGUAAAUAUUACAUGUAAUAUCCAAUAAAUGCCAUUAAGACAUAACCUGAGAAUAAACUUAUGCUUCUCAAAAAAAGAAGCAAAAUUGAUGAAGAUGCUAGAAGUAAAACAUUACAAACUUGCUUUGAACAACAAAUAGGCACAAAACAAAUGCAGAAAAGUUCAAGAAAAUAUAUGGAAAAAGGAAUGAAAUUCAAAAGCUGUUUCACAUAUGCUGUUUGAGAUGAGAGAAUUGGAAUGGGC